AUGGAGCUCCAGAUCCUGCUCUGUCCCGUGUACUAUGGAGGAUACAAUGAGUCUCUGAUGGUGCUCAACGCUCAGUACAGCAACCCCCUCUGCCAUGGCACCCCGGAUCUAAACGCAGACCCUCCUGUGCUGAAGUUCAACUUCUCCAUCACCAACCAGGCUGUGUCUCAGUGCUCCAACACACUCACGAUUACUCAAGAGGUGGGUUCCGGAGUGUUCUCAGAUUACUCCAACAUUCAGUUCGUCAACAUCUCAGGGAUUAUCAACUCUCUGGACCCCAGCGCCGGCACCAUUACCUACCGCAAAGAGAUGAUGUAUCUUUUCUCCUGCCGCUACCCCCUGCAGUACCUGGUGAACAACACAGAAAUGAGUGUGUUUAACGUGCUGCUGGAUCGAUGCUAUGCCACAACUAGCCCUUAUCCAGUCAACAGCACUUACUAUGACCUCUUUGUUGGGUGUACUCGCGAUGGACAGACAGUGAUAGGACAGAACGGUGACACGCAGGAAGCACAGUUCUCCUUCGAGGCCUUCCGUUUUGUGGAGCAUAAGAACAAGACGGUCUCGACCUUCUACUUGCACUGUGAGACUAGACUCUGUGAGAAGACCUACUGCAGCUCUUUGCAGCAGAACUGUUCGAGCAACUCGAGGAGGAAGAGGGAGGUCAUGUCAGAUCAGGGCACCUCAGUGAGCGACACAGCUACGGUGACCUCUGGCCCCAUCGUCACUAAACUCAACACCGACGAAGUGGCUACAGGACACGUGUCUGAAGAUUCUGAUCCCGGCCAUCAGGAGAGCCCAGUGCUGGGAAUUGCCGUAGCAGCAGCGGUGAUUGCGAUCAUGUGUAUGGCCACGUUGGGAGCUGUUUUCUACUGGGUCCGUCUCGCUAAGAGGAGCAAGGACAACCUGCUGCCUCUGAGGGCCAACAAAGGGGGCUGAAGAGACCAUCUACAGAAACAACAGGACUCUGACUGGACAUCCAACAACAUUCAUCCAGCUCGCUGCCAAAGACUCAGCUCUGCAUGGGGUUAAAACACUGAUAAAGGUCAAGGAACAACGCCACGUAUAUAUGGCGAUCAUAUAUAAUAAACAUAUACAAGCAUUUUUCUGUGCUGAAUCAAAUACAAUGCAUGCCAUUCUCCUGCAUGGACACUUUCUCUUCUGCUCUUGAG